AUGGGAAGGACUUGCGAUGAGGAUUCUGAGAGCCCAGUUGUGAACCAGGCAACAACGCGCCUCUGCAAGACCAUCGGGAGACUGGCUCGACAGUUCAUUCAGUACAACCUGCCACCUCUGCGUGUGCUACCAACUCAAACAGAAUUCGACUUGCUGGCUGCACGGCGUCGCGAUAAGAUGACCGAACGCUGGGAACAAGAGGAUAAGGUGGUGGCCAAA